AGAGUGCAGGCCUGAGGAGGGCAGGAGAAGGUGGGAAGAAAGAGGAAGAAAAGAGUUGAAGUGGGACCUAGUGGGUGGGCUGUGCCCCACCUAGGGGGGCAGAAAGCCCAAUGGGUCAGAGGGGCCACAAAGGCUCCCUUUACCCUUGUAGGGGGACUCCUGUGAGCAGCCUCCAUGAGGCCCUGGACCAGUGCAUGACCGCCCUGGACCUCUUCCUCACCAACCAGUUCUCAGAAGCACUCAGCUACCUCAAGCCCAGAACCAAGGAGAGCAUGUACCACUCACUGACGUACGCGACCAUCCUGGAGAUGCAGGCCAUGAUGACCUUUGACCCUCAGGACAUCCUGCUUGCUGGCAACAUGAUGAAGGAGGCGCAGUCGCUGUGUCAGAGGCACCGGAGGAAGUCCUCUGUAACAGAUUCCUUCAGCAACCUGGUGCACCGCCCCACUAUGGAGCAGUUCACAGAAGAGGAAAUCCACGCGGAGGUGUGCUACGCGGAAUGCCUGCUGCAGAGAGCCGCCCUGACCUUCCUGCAGGACGAGAACAUGGUGAGCUUCAUCAAGGGCGGCAUCAAAGUUCGCAACAGCUACCAGACCUACAAGGAGCUGGACAGCCUCGUGCAGUCCUCACAGUACUGCAAGGGAGAGAACCACAGGCACUUUGAAGGAGGAGUGAAGCUCGGUGUGGGGGCUUUCAACCUGACGCUGUCCAUGCUUCCUACCAGGAUCCUGCGGCUGCUGGAGUUCGUGGGGUUUUCAGGAAACAAGGACUACGGGCUGCUGCAGCUGGAGGAGGGCGCAGCGGGACACAGCUUCCGCGCCGUGCUCUGCGUCAUGCUGCUGCUGUGCUACCACACCUUCCUCACCUUCGUGCUGGGCACCGGGAAUGUCAACAUCGAGGAGGCAGAGAAGCUCCUGAAGCCCUACCUGAAGCGAUACCCUAAGGGCGCCAUCUUCCUGUUCUUCGCUGGGCGGAUUGAAGCCAUUAAAGGCAAUGUAGACGCCGCCAUCCGGCGGUUCGAGGAGUGCUGCGAGGCCCAGCAGCACUGGAAGCAGUUCCACCACAUGUGCUACUGGGAGCUGAUGUGGUGUUUCACCUACAAGGGCCAGUGGAAGAUGGCCUACUUCUACGCCGACCUGCUCAGCAAGGAGAACUCCUGGUCCAAGGCCACCUACAUCUACAUGAAGGCCGCCUACCUCAGCAUGUUUGGGAAGGAAGACUACAAGCCGUUCGGGGAUGAUGAAGUGGAGUUGUUUAGAGCCGUGCCAGGCCUGAAACUCAAGAUUGCUGGGAAAUCUCUACCCACGGAGAAGUUUGCCAUCCGGAAAUCCAGACGCUACCUCUCCCCGAACCCUGUCUCCUUGCCAGUCCCUGCUCUGGAAAUGAUGUACAUUUGGAAUGGCUACGCUGUGAUUGGGAAGCAGCCGGAACUGACAGACGGGAUGCUUGAGGUUAUCACCAAGGCUGAAGAGAUGCUGGAAAAGGGCCCAGAGAACGAGUAUGCAGUGGAUGAUGAGUGCUUGGUGAAGCUGCUGAAAGGCCUGUGUCUGAAAUAUCUGGGCCGUGUCCAGGAGGCCGAGGAGAGUUUCAGGAGCAUUCCUGCCAAUGAAAAGAAGAUUAAAUAUGACCACUACUUGAUCCCAAAUGCCCUGCUGGAGCUGGCCCUGCUGUUUAUGGAGCAAGGCAGAAACGAAGAGGCUGUCAAACUCUUAGAAACUGCCAAGCAAAACUACAAGAAUUACUCCAUGGAGUCAAGGACACAUUUUCGAAUCCAGGCAGCCACACUCCAAGCCAAAUCUUCCCUAGAGAAUGGCAACAGAUCCAUGGUCUCCUCAGUGUCCUUGUAGUUUGGUGCAGCACUCCCGGGCUGGAAGACGGAGACAGCUGGACAGAGCUCCUGGAAACAUUUCAGAAAGCCCCCUUCCCCCUGCCCUGCCCUGCCCUGCCCUGCCCUGCCUUUGGGGUCCACUGGUGCUCCAAUGGGAUGGCACGACAUAGGUAUCCGUGCAGCAGCGAAGCUGGCAUUGUCACCAGUGUGACCAAGGGCCUUUGCCAAGGACAGAGCAGGUGGACCCUCCGCCUGCCCUAUCACACAUACGGGUACUUGUUUUUCACUGUGAUGUUUAACAGAAUGUAUGAACAGUUUACAUUUUCCUUAGAAAUACAUUGAUGGGAUCAUAGUUUGCUUUUAAGAAAAAAAAAAGACCAACAACCAACCACCUGUAAAUCUUUGUUUUAACCCAUACUGAUCUAGAGGUAAAUCUAUAUGAUGCCAAAGGCCAGACUGCUGUUCAGACUUCAACAAGGUCUCAGCUUCCGGGCUGAGAGGACCCUUCCUGUCAGGAGGGUCUGCACCUCAGGCGUUGAGGCUUUUGGGGUCCGGCAUAGAGGUCGCACACAGACACCCACUACUUUACUUCUUGCACUUCAUUGUCACUCCCUUUGUAACUUUCCAAUUUAAGAAAAUCAAACAUGUCUUUUUAGUGAGAUAAUUUUCAUUUGAGUCCAUCUGUAGAAAAAUCAGUCUCCACCGGUAAGGAAUGGGGAUGCCCAGGCCUGAUGGAAGGGGCCCUUUCUAUGCCAAAGUCAAGAAGUUCGGGGUGGGGAGGUUUCACUGUAUGCCAAACUGGACCACUGGGAGUAAUUUAUGAAACGUAAAAAUCUUCUGUACUUCAGUCUGAGGUACAUUUAUUUACUGGCAGCAUUUUUCUUAGAAGUAGAAUAGUUAUUCUUG